GCCACGCUACAUCCGACAGAGGCACUACACGGUGAUUUGGGUAUCCUGCGCAAGGAGAAUAGCGAUUGUCUCGUUAUGAUUUCUUCCUCCGGGAAAUCACCAGAGAUGGUUCAUCUUUUACAACACAUCCCGCCUGAGGUGCCUGUUGUGCUGUUGACAAACAAGAGGACGAGUACGUUAUCGGCACACCUGCAGGUCAAGUCGCUGCUGUUUGCAGAGUUGCCUACAGAGCUAUCAGAGCAGACCAUAUACGGCCUUAAUGCACCAACGAUAUCCACAACGUUAUGCCUUGCACUCGCAGACGCCGUCAGCAUCGCAUUGUCCGAGGUGUAUGUGUCAGAUAUCAACGAGAGGAAGCGGAUAUUUGGAGAGAGACACCCAGGUGGCUCCAUAGGCGAAGAGUACAGGAGCUCGUCGCAGUUGAACUCGUUCCUGAACACACCGAAUUUCAGCACCACGUCGCUGACGGGCGACGCGAUGCAGAGUUACACUGCGAAUGGACUAACACCAGAAAGCGAUUCAGAUGGAAAUGAGACCAGGCCAUAUCCAAGAGUGGAGUUUGAUUUUGGCAUUGACGACAGUAUCGACCUUGAGAUGAAGGAGUCCAUUGCACAGAACGCGUUCGUGCUUCACAUCAACAACUUUGGUGACGAACUGGAACUCCUACGACAGAUAUCUGUAUACGAUUUCAUCGUGGUUAACGAGACUCAUGCCAUAUCAGCCUCAAGAGUCAGAGAGUGUAUUAGACACGUCCACCUGGAGGGAUACUCUGACGGGGAACGAUACGAGGAGGUUUUAUGGCGCGUCAAAGAGUCAUUGGUAAGGGUCCAGUGACUCUGUGCGACGAUGCCUUCAUAGUCAAUUGUAUAGAUUCAUCUUGUUAAUAGCACCCUCACCGUUGAAGUAAGCCAGAAGCUCGUACAUAACCAGGGACAGCGUAGGAAAGCCAACUCCGCACCUUCGACCAAUGGCGUUGCAGCGUUAAACUCCGGCGCUGCUUG